AUCCGUAUUUAAUGAAAUGAAUUAUUAACUUUACUAUUAAAUGGAGUAUUUACUAACUAUUAUGUAUAAGGUAUACAGUAGUGGACUCGUGGUUUAGAGUUCGUAGGAUUAGGACGUAUGUUCUUCUCAAUAACUGAAUACAAAAUUGACUUAACUAACAUUCUUUACGUAUCAUACGUUAUAGUUUAUACUUUAUACCAACAAUUUCAUAACACAUAACUAUAGUUCAUGGUUUAAGGUUAGCGUAUAGGGUAUACGGUAGUGGACUCGUGGCAUAGAGUUUGGAGUCAUAGGAUGUAUGUUCUUCUCAAUAACCGAAUAUAAAAUUGACUCAACUUACAUUCUUCACAUAACAUACGUUAUAGCUUAUGCUAACAAUUUCAUAACAUAUAACUAUAGUAUAGGGUAUAGGGUUAGGGUUUAGGGUUAGGGUUUAGGGUUUAUUCAUGGUUAUGCUUUAUGUUGGAUAUUGAUUUUUAUAGUUUAUUAAUUAAUUUGAUUUUAGCAAUUAGUUUAACUUGUGAAUGUACAUCUUAAAUAUAUCAUAUUCAAAUGACAUUCCGACCAACGGAUCGAACAACAAACUAGUUAAUCGGUAUAAAAUAUACCAUCUAUAAUAAUAAAUAUCAAAGAAAGGAAGAACUAGAUGUUUAUGAAAAUUUUUUGAAUGCAACACUACAGGAAAAUUGGUUUUCAGUCACGGUAUCUCAUUCACGGGAACCGUUACCGUACUAAGAAGUAUACUAACCAUCACAAGAAAAUUUACUGUAAUUAAUUAUAUAUUUCUUGUCACGGGAAUUAAUUUGUUUAUUUUCUAAUUUUUAUUUUCCGUGAUUAAUUUUUGUUUCCGUGAACAAUGUAGACUUGAAAAAACUUUCCCCAAAUUUGAAGAGGGAAAAUUUCAUUUGCCUCCAAAAUUAUCUUUGGAGGGAAUACUUUUUGGACUUUUGGCCGUCAAAUUUUGUUUGGCUCCAAAACUUCCCAAAUAGACGCGCCUUCUUUCCUUUUCAGUUUCACAAUUCCCCCCAAAAAUGAAACAAUGAAUUAAUGGUUGUCGGCUUGCCGCUACAAUCAAAGCAAACUCUAUUUCAAAAAGAAAAAAAUAACUCGAUCAGUUUAGUUUUGUUUCCUCCCCUUCUCCCCUGUCGAUUCACCACCGGCCACCACUUUGUUUGUUCUCGCCAUCGCUGCGGCCGCUUCUCAAUCGCCGAUUGCCUAUCUCUUUAGAAACCCUCUCACCCUUUCACUGCCGCAACCCGUUUCAGGCGACUCUAAUUUGACACGCAAUCCUCGGUUCCCCAACCACCAUCUCUAGUUUCUACCUCUUCAGAUAUGAAAUUUUCCCGAUAUCCCUCUCCAUAUCUUUCCUUGUUCCUGCCCGUCAGUUCGCUUCUUCGUCACCGUCCAUCCUGGCGUGCUUCACCUCUCUAUCGCAUGCUCUGAACCUUUACAGUUACCGCAGCCUAGGGGGUUGAUUUUCUUGGAGGCCUUCCAAGCAGAGGAAGGGUUCUGUCCACCCCUCUUUUGGAUCCAGCAAACCGCCUGCACCUCCUCGCCUCUUCAAACUGACUUCAGGUCUCCCACCACCACCGUUGCUCAUCACCGUCCCCAAAACCCUCUCUCCGUUUGGUGCGAUGCCUUCAACCCUUAACUGUUUUUAGAAGUUUGGGAUUGAUUAAUUAGUGGCCACAAAAAGUGUUUCGCUUAUUAUAGUUCUAAUUGAUUACUUGGUGGCCUCAAAAUGGUGGCCUCUGUCUCUUGUGUUGCAGGUGUCAGCUUUGUAGCUCUUUCCACCAGUGAAACUUAAGAAAGUUGUAAUUGUAAGUUGUUCAACCUUAUAAGUAUUUAUAAUUUUUGUAUUAGUGGGCAGUAAGAAAAAUAUUCUGGUUUGUAAGAUAAUAAAAAUGUGAAUUCUUUCAGCAUUCAUGGAUCUAUCGUCGGCUGUGGUUCUUAUGAUAAACUAUUUGUGAGUCGUGGUUCUUAUGAUAAACCAUACCACUACUUAAAUUAUAGUUUCACAACUGAUUUUUGGGAUGAUUCAGUGGCUGCUAGUUUUUGGGAUUGUGUAUCUGUAGUUUGUUGAGUCUCACUUCUACUUGAACUACAGUUUCAUGACUGAUUUAUGUUACCAAGCCUAGAUUUGAAACUUAUAGAAAAUGUGUCCUUGAAGUCGCUGCAUUUUUUGUGGUUUCUGAAUUCUGAUUGCUUUUGCUCUUUGAUACAGAAAUCUUUGUAAGCCAUAAUGCUGUGCAAAAAAAAUUGGUAAUUGUUACAGGUAGCAAUCCCAAUAAGAAUGGGACAGUUUCACUGUGGAGGCAUCUUAAAAUGUGCACUAAGGGAAAUCUUCAAGAUUAAUGGAGCCUUAUGUACUUUAUUGUAUUUCCUUCAUUAUAUUUGCUUAAAUGUUAUGUAAUGGUCUCAACUCUCAACUAUCAAGACUCAAGAGAUGGUUUCAUAUGUUUAUGAUCAAGCAAUUUGUUAGCUUUUUAAUUUCUUGUUGUUCAACUAUUUAUUUAUGUUGGUUCUGUAACCUUAAUGAAUCCUCUACAAGGUACCGACAACUAGCAACAUCAAAAUUGUUUAUGAUAUAUUCAAGCAAAAUCUAGUCACUCAUUUGUUUAAUAAAGUACCUUCAUGUGUUUUUCAUUGCAAUAUGGUGAUCGGUGAGUUUGUUUUAAAUUAGUGUAAUAACUAAUUAUAAAAAAAAUUCGAUUGUUUGGACCAAACAACCCGCAACCCGACCUGUUGUAACCCGCAAUCCGAUCAACCCGAACCCGAUUGAUCCGCAACCCGAUCAACCCGUAACCCGACUGAUCCGCAACCCGAUCAACCCGAACCCGAUCAACCCGCAACCCGAUCAACCCUCAACCCGAUCAACCCGCAACCCGAUCAACCCGAACCCGCUUGACCCGCAACCCGAUUAACCCGCGACCCGACUGAACCCGACCCGAACCCGCCCGAACCCGCCCGAUUGACACCUAUAGUGGUAAUACCACUGACCAUGAACCUGGAGGUCCCAGGUUCGAAUCCCUUCAGUAGUACCUAAUAACAAAAACAAGUAACCUAUAUCACCCUUAUCUAAAAAUAAUUGAAGUUUAAGAACAAGCUUUCUUUUAAGAAGUACUUCACUUUCAAGAAGGUGAAACCGUUUACAGAGUUUUUAGUCACUAGCGUCAGUCCGUUGUCAUUUGAGAUUUUGAGAUAGAGCAGCAGUUAUGCUCUUGAGACUUUUAAGAUAGAGCAACAGUUAUGCUCUUGAGACUUUUAAGAUGAGCAACAGUUAUGCUCUUGAGAAUCGUGGAAGAAGAGCCUUCCACGAUAAGUUUAAGUUUAAGGAAAGCCUGGAGGGCUUCUCAUAUGUAUGAGUUCGGCAACCAGACUAGCUAGUGAGGGAUCCCCGUGUCGGCCAAGUAUUUAAGUCAAGAUUUGAGAUUUAAGAAUGGAGGGUAAAACUAACUCCCCUUCAGUUUUCAGAGUGAAGAUUUUAAUAGUGGAAGUACAAAACAACUUCCACCAUGUUAAGUAAAGUGAUCAAGUAUUAGAAAUUUUAAACGUAAGGGCGUAGACUGACCCCAACUCACUCACCAGUUUGAAGAGGAAAAGCUGGAUGAGUAGUUAGAGAGACGCUUCGAGGGAAACUAGCUGGAGGAGGACGGUGCAAGCAUCACAGAGGAUGUCUAGUCAAGGUUAUCAGUCAGCAACAUCAUUUGAGAUGAAUUAGUUAUUAUACUUUAUGAUUAUGAGUAUAGACUGGAGAUUAGAUUGAGAUUUUAAAGUUUGAGUUUAAUUUGACCCCGUGUUAGGGCAUUGCUUUCAACCUCAAAAGUGUGUUUUCAGAAAUUUAUUUAUGAAAAUUUUCCCACUGCAAUUUAAGAUUUGAGUAUUUUAUUUUUCAAGGGCAUUUUAGUAAAAUUAGUACCCGGCCGGGUUAGAGUGUUACAAAGGUACUAAAUCGGUUAUCCCUAUGGCCCUAUGCCAAGAAUAUUGCCUAAGUGCUCACACUCAUUUCACAAUAAGGUUGCAACUAAAACAAAUCGUUGACUUACAUAAAUUCACCUUUUGCCCACUCAACUCCUGAUAAGUUUUAAGAACACCAACCAAAUUCACUCUCAAACGGAGACCUGUAAAAAUAGGUAAGAAUCAUUAGCGGAACAAAAAAAUAUGAGACACAACCAGCCACUAGGGCUGGGAAACGGUGCGAUAUGGUCCAGGCCGGACCAUAUAUACGGUCUAUGGUCCAGACCGAGAGGUUGAGGUAUAGACCACAGAUCAGACCACACCUGUGCAGUCUGGUCCGGUACGGGUUUGUCUAGAUUGACCACACUCCACGAAAAAUGAACAAUUUGAUUAGUCAACCACACAAAAAAUUUACAAUUAACCAAUAAUUUUUUUUUUGCCUUAAAACAUGAAUUUCAACAUGCAUGAUUAAUUUUGACACCAUAAAUCUCAAUAAAUUAGAUACAAAGCCAAAACAUCCCGACUUACACCAUAACGUCAUUAACAUUAACAUAAUGUCAUAUGGAGACACAAUCAUCUUUACUCUUUGGUGAAAUGUAGUUGUGAAUGAAGGAGGGGACGAGAUUCUAAAAAUUAAGAUUGAGACUUGGGUAUCGUUGUGGGAGUUGGGAAAGUGGUCAAGUGGGCUGCUAACAUGUAUUGAGAAGUCGGCUGGGUCAAUGAUUUGGUCCGAUAAAUCACGGCUAGACCAAACCAGAUCAGACCAAAAGAUAAAAAGAUCAUAUAAUGGAGAUCAUAUUUAAUGGUAGGGUGGAGUUUCGGUUAGUUCAGUUAUAACCAAUAACCGACUGGUCAAUUAUUGGUUAACCGAACAACCGUCCCCCCUUACCGACAGCCGCCUGAAAUAGACUUCGAUCAUCUCGGUUAUCGGUUAACCGAGCCCCCUCCAAGACCAAAAAUAUCUCGUCUAGCCUCCGAUAACCGACCAAAUUUUGGUUAUAUCGGUUACCGAUUAGUGGAUAACCGAUCAGUUAUCGAUUUAAUCGACCGGUUAACCAAAAACCGUUAAUCAAAACUCCACCUCUAUUUAACGGUCUACGGUCUGAACCAAACUAUCCGGUACGGUUUGGACCAUGAUUUUUCAGAUGGUCUGGUCUAUUUUCCCUAGGGGUGUUCAAAUGAUUACAAUGGUUAUAACCAAACCAAAUAAGGCUAAAUUUCAUUAACCAUGGAAUACAAUAUCAUAACCAAAUCGUCCAAACUAAUACAACAACCAAAUUAACCAAAUGAAAGUUUAAUCAGUUUGGUUAAUUGGUUAACCAGAUUAACCAAUAUAAAAUCACAUUAUCAUUAAGUGAGAAAAUUUCGAUUAAUUUAUCAAAUCACAAUUUAUAUAAUGAAUAAAACAUAACAAUCAUCACAUAGUUAUAGUUGACCCUUAAUAUAAAUGCAUGCAACUAAGACAAUUAUCUUACGGUUAGUAUAGAAGUAUUCACCUAACAAAAAUUUAUCACAAUGGUAUGGGUUAAUGAAUUUUUGGGUUUGUUUGAAUUGGCUUAGUCUUUUAGCAAUUUUCAUAGGCUGAAAAGGACCUUGCUUUCAAGUUUUCAUCCAACAUAAUGUAUGAGAUUUAUCUAAAUUAAGCUUUCAUAUGUUGUGGUCUACACUCUACAUAUACAAAUAUACAUUAUGGAACAAUAUCAAGCUUUAUAUUUUAUGUCUAAAAGGGAUGAAUGUUCAACUCUUGAGUGGUUAUUCAAAGUAUAAGUAUGUGUAUAUAUUAGAUAUAUGAUUAAUUAUUUAUCUGGUUAAUUUGGUUUGGCUGGUUAGUAGUGUCUGAAACCAAACCACCUAAACCAAACAAGCUAAAAACUUUAACCAAACCAAACCAAACCAAUUAUCUAAAUUAAUCAAACCAAAUUAUCCAAAUAGUAACUAGCCUAUUACCCGGCCCGUUGGCCGGAUUACUCUAUGUUACCCACUUGUGGAAUAGGAGAGAAAGCAAGUGAGAGUGAAGGGAUUGAGAUUCCACUUGAUUAGGACCGACCCACUAAUCUGAUUCUUCCCGACCCGCCCCAACCUAAAGGGUCAGAAAGAGUCAAUAAGAAAAUAUGAACGGAGAGGAUUAGUCAUAUUCAUAUAUCUUGACUCUUCAGAAGUGGGUCAAACAGGAUCAAGGUUGGGUGAGGGAAAUUUUUAGCGCUAAGCAGAGUUCUGGGUUGAAUAACUUUACUUAGGCCUAGAAAUUGGUGUUGAUGCAGACUGCAGUUUUUAUUAUACCAUCAUCAAUCAUCAUUGAAUUAGUCCUGGGCAUCCCUCCCCGUUGUCGGUCUGAAUUCUAAUGAUGGCUCCGUUCCUUGCACCAGCCUUAUCAGCGAGUUGUCAUCUCGAGCAUGAUUUGCCUAUGUACAAAUGAUACAAUUAGAGUAUGAAACUGAAUUCAAAGAAAAGGAAAAGAGAUUUCUAUCACAUGCCAAUAAAUACACACAUAAUAGUUGAAGCUAAGUGAAAGUCAUUACUCGCACAUCAAUUCUCAAAAAUUACAGACUAAACAAUGGCUAGAAUGGCACUGAAACUACCAAGAAUCAUGGACGAAACAACUUGUCAAAUUAAAUAAUCCUUAUACUGAAACUACCUUCUAACUUGAAAUAAGACAUGAUCACAGUUCAUAGCUCUCUUCUCACUAUGAAUUGGUUGCAGCUCGUCCUUAUCACUGCCUCCCAAGCUCAAUUCAAACAGAAUAGAGACCGUUAUGUAAGAUAACCAUAUCCUUACUGAUCAUAAUUCCUUUCUUCACUCCAUUUUUGUCAGAGAAAAGAGUUACCCCCCUCUCCUGCAUUUCCCUUUCCCCUUCUCUUCUCCCUCUUCUUCACAAACCGAUCCCUAAACCAGCAACAACAACACAAAAAUAACCUUCGCCUCUGCCAUCUCCAUCUACUGAACGCGUUGGUGGCAAGACAGGACUGCAGAAGCAAAAUUUUCUAAAAUCAAACUAAAUUUUUUGAAGGAGACUCAACCACGAAAAAAAUAGUAAAGCAACAAUGCUAAUAGUUCAGAUGGUUGGUUUUGAUGUUAUACAUUGCUUUUGUUCUGGUCUCCAGUAUAUCAACUGCAAUAGAGAUGUUUCCUCCAAUCAUCUUUAGUGCACGAUUUAGAAGCAAGUCCUCCUGUUUGUGUCAAACGGAAACAUUCAUGGGUUCUUAACUCCCCUGUUAGUGUAAAAGCAGCAGCAGCAACAAAGAAGUUUGACAACACAGCAAGCACCCAGGCAAAAUGAUACAAUGCAGUAGGUGAUAUGUGUCUCGAAGGUUUUGAGUUACUAAAGUUCAUGUUAAAAAUAAACAUGAAUUAAAAUGGAUUAUUCUAUUAAGCAAACAUCCCAUCCAAUCAUACAAAGAUCAAAUAUCCAAUUCACAAACAAUUAAGCCAUAAAAAAUCAUCACACAUCCACCACCUUUGAUUGCCUAAAUUUGGUUUUUCGCAAAAGUUAUGGACACUUAAGGGAAACGUUCAUGGGUAGUCUGUUUCAUAACUCUAGAGAGUAAGUAGCCACCAGCCAGACACAGUGCGGUAGGCGAAUAUGAUUCUCAAUUCACAAUUUCUCACCACCGCAAGUAAGAACAGACCAUAAUAAGCGUAGCGUUCAUGGGUGGUCUGUUUCAUAGCACUACUACACAAUUUGUUAAAAAAGAAAGAAAGGUAUUUAGCACCACGGCGGAACAACUUUUACAGGCCAACAACGACAACAUGCUGCAACCACCAGAACUGGUAUCACAACUCAUAGGGAAAAUCAAAAGAUUUACUCUCAAAUUAAGCAGUUAUAACAUCGAGCAAUUGUCAAGCACAUACACCAUCACAAAAGUCACGGAACCUGAUUCACAAAGCAUUAAAACAUUUGAGGACAUUUCUGCAAAGGUACAACUUAUAUGUCUUUUUUCCAAGCCAUUUCCAUCAAAAUGCUAAUAAAUUUGCAAUGCAUAAAACAAACGGGCCAAAACUUGAAAUUCAGCCUGUUUGACGACCCAUGCCAAAUUCUAAUUAUUCUUUACUUUUAAACUUUCUAUUUGAAAAUAAAAAAUAGUGAAAGAAAAGAGACGACUACAAUUCGCCAUUUGUACAUCACUUAUUCGGGAAUAAAAUCAUAGAAAUUCAAAAGGAACUGAAAAUGUUUAGGAUCGUUAUAAUGUUUAAAAUAACCAAAUAGAUCUUUAUGUUUAAUUUUUUACUAACAAAUACCAAACGAUUCCCUAUAAAAUACACUAUAAUUUGAUCAUUAUGAUAUCAAAUAAUUAUAAAAUAUAUAUUUGAAAUGAUAAAAAUUGGACUAAUUGUGUUGGUCGAGGUUGAACCAUUGAAUAACUUUAAAAUACAUUAUAUUUUAGCCACUAAGAUAUAAAAUAAUAGCAUAAUAUAUAUUAUGUCAGAGAAAUUAGCUUAUUUUAGAAUGACAAACCAAUGAUGUUCAUUUAUUUUACUUGAUGGCCAAAUCCCAUGUAGGUCAGGCACAUUCAACUCUUUUAUUUUAUGGUUGGCGGUUAGCCCAUUAGAUACCAUGCAUUAGUUUAUUGUUAAAUAUUUUAUUUUUAACAAUAAAAAUGAGUAUUAUUUUUACAUUUUCAUAUAUAUUUUGUCACCACGGAGAAAUAAAAGGGCUUAAAGAAAAAAAAAUUGACACUCCUGGACCCGUUUAAAUUCACAUGUGUACGGGUAAGUUGGCCCGUUCCACAGAGGAAAGAGAAAAAUAAUUGACACUCCCUAUUCUACCCUUCCUACAAACGCUCAUGGAGUAGGGAAUUUGAAAUGGGGGAAGGGUUUUUUCCUCCCUGCUAUUAUAUGUUUUUAAUUUAAAAAGAUACAACAAAUGUGCUUAUUGUGAUUGGUUAUUAUCCUUGCUUUUCUUUAAAAUGGUCAUGGUUCGAAUCCCAGUAUGUGUCUUUUUAAUGAAAAAAAAAAAUGUAUUGUGAAGACCAAAAUGUCCUUCCUACUUUCACUCUCGUUGCAGGAAAUUUGAAAUGGGGCUCCCGUUUUUCCUUUCGGCGUAUUAUAUUAUGUGUAGAUGGUUAAACGGUUACCAUGGUAACCACACCGUUUGAACACCCCUAAUUUUCCCAGCCAGACACAUUAGACUCAUUCACUCGAAGACCUCGCAAGAUGGACAAAAUGACUAUCACACGAUAAAUUUAGUGCCGAACUUUACUAAACUUAAAACUUCAGUGACCGAUUCUGGUAAUUGACCCGAAUUUACCUCCUGUCUGUAUCCCUGUUAUUAUUUCAUCCUUUUAGCUUUUUCUUUCUUCAUCAUUUUUUACUCAUUAUUUUAUUCGCUUUCAGUUUGGGAGAGGAGAAGAAUAAGGGGGACACGGCUUCCACAAUCCUCACCGCCGGCGUCUUCCCCAUUCUCGUCCUCCUCCUCCCCCUCUGCAAUCUCAAAUAAUCUAUAUCCCAUUCCUUCUUCAUUUCCGUCUCCGGUGACCUAAUCGCACUGUUCCUCUUAACUAACAAGAAACCGGCAACUCACUCGUAGUCAUCCUCAACCUCUUGUCACUCCGCCAAUUACCAGAUCUGUUCUUCCUCCGGUUUCCCUCAAUCUCUCGGAUUCCGUUCCUGCUGAUUUAGCGAUCAGGGCAUUUGGUUCUUGUGGCGGAAGGACAUAUUGGGUAUUUCCUACUAUAGAUCUCUGUUUCUCUCGGACUCCGGCGAUGGGGAAAACUUCGGUGAUCCUCUACGUUUCCCUAUGUCUCAUAUUCCUAAUGCUGCUCUCCCAUGCUCCGAAGAAGCCUUCUACCCACCGCCGGCUCAAGCUCAGGUCCAAUUUCAAUUUCAACAAUCCCCACCCCCACCACGACUCAAUCCCCUUUGACCCCGUCGUGACCCAGAUUGAGCGCCGCCUCGAGGAUCGCCGGUGGGAGCAUCACUAUAUCACCCAUUCCCAUCCCGACGCCGCCAACGAUACCCACUCCGCGACAACGGAAGCUCCUGGCCACGAGUCCCAGCCGGAGUGGGAGGAUUUCGUGGAGGCCGAGGACUACUUGAACGAUGAGGAGAAAUUCAAUGUUACCAGCAGGUUGCAGCAGCUUUUCCCCAAGAUUGACGUGGCGCCCGUUGAUGGGUAUGUGACCGAGAAUGAGCUGACGGAAUGGAAUUUAAAACAGGCCGAGAAGGAGGUUUUGCACCGUACUCAAAGAGAGAUGGAUGUUCAUGACAAGAAUCAUGAUGGCUUUAUUUCCUUUUCAGAGUACGAUCCCCCCAGUUGGGCUGCCAAUUCAGAUGCUAGUUCUCUUGAGCAUGACAUGGGUUGGUGGAAGGAAGAACAUUUCAAUGCAUCAGAUGCAGAUGGAGAUGGUCUUCUUGACAUCACAGAGUUUAACGACUUCUUGCAUCCAGCUGACAGUAAAAACCCUGACCUGCUGAAGUGGCUGUGCAAGGAGGAAGUGAGGGAAAGAGAUACAGACAAGGAUGGGAAAGUCAAUUUCGAGGAAUUUUUCCAUGGGCUUUUCGAUCUGGUAAGGAACUAUGACGAAGAAGCGCAUAAUACCUCCCAUCCAUCUGAAGACUCAACGGAGGCUCCUGCAAAGGUGCUUUUUGCUAAGCUAGACAAGAACAACGAUGGGUUUCUGUCAGACGAAGAAUUGCUGCCCAUCAUUGAGAAACUUCAUCCAUCAGAACAUUACUACGCCAAGCAACAAGCAGAUUAUAUAAUAUCACAGGCGGAUGGGGACAAGGAUGGGAAACUGUCACUGGAAGAGAUGGUGGAGAACCCGUAUGUAUUUUACAGCGCGAUCUUCACGGAAGAGGAAGAAGAAGAAUAUGAUCACGAUGAGUUCCGGUGAUUGUAGUUGUAGAAGGAGAAGCUCACACUGAUUUUUUGUUGUUUGGAGAGGAUGGGGGGAAAUGGGCAGAGCACAAAGUGGAGAUGGUGAUGGUGGGGGUCCUCUUCGGCGGGUGUCAGAUAUCAGUUUGGUGGUGCAGGGAAUGGAGGAUCGAUGAACAGAGGGAGAGUAGAAGGUUUUGGCAUGGAGAUCCCACUUGAAUCUUGAUACACACGUAACUAUAUAUUUAUGUUUUUUUAGGAGCAGCAGAAAACAUUGUUACACUUUUUUCGGGUUGGGGGGUUUGACACUCGUGUAUCUACUAAAUCUACACUUGAUCUCAACAGGGAAUGGACACUGGUUGACUAAUAACUGGAUUGAUGCUUUGAUGUUUGAUAAUUAGGUGAUCUUCUUGCAGAGGAUUGCUGCCAGUAUACCGAUUCAAGUUAUACAAAACUUCCAAAAUGGAUAACUUGACGGUCAAGGUUGGGCAAAACCUCAAACUUCCAAUUAAGAACAAUAACCCAAAUCAAUAACAAUUUGGACAUAAUAAAAAAAGUACAGCUCUUAA